CUCCUUAUAAAUAUAUUUAUCACUCAGUAGUAUGGUCAAGGUCAAGCGAGCACCCAAAUCCAUGAUCGGGGUCAACCGAGGCAUGGUGGCCCGUGCACGGGCCCUCUCCGCCUUGUUGUCAACCUCCCACCUACAACUUUCAAAUUCCAAGACUCGACCUCAGCCUCGCGACGAUCGCGACCGUCAACACCACCAGAAGCACCCAACGAAGAUGCCAGUUGACGACAUGAGGGAAAGACACCGUCUGUACCAUGGGACGACGAAUCCCGCCCAUGAGCUCGACCUAAGUGUCCUGAAUACAAAACGUCACAUCUCCAGGCACCCGAGCAUCGCCAAGGUCCAAAAUCAAGAUGAAAGCGAUGAGGUUGUUUUCUUGUACGACACAAAGAGCUUGGAGAAGGAAAAGGGUGGCUGUAAUUGGUGUGAGCUCGCCAGCUUCACCACGCACUCGGAUUACCCCGUCACCGUAACCAACAACGUGGACAACGCCAGGUUUCCAGAGGGAUUCCACUUUAUCGAGCACUCAAUCUUGCGCGAAGGUGUUGCACGUGCGGACGCGGGGUUUAGGAUGGGGUGUGAAUGCGUGGAAGAUGGGGAUUGCGAGUUCCGGGGCUGCUAUUGCAUUCAGGAUAUGGAGGCAAAGACAAACAAACUGGGGCAACCAAAAAAAGCGAACGCAUAUCUGUCGAAAGGGCCAAAGGCCGGCUGUUUGCGGAAGGAUAUACUCGACAGCAGAUUGGUGCUUUAUGAGUGCCACGAGUCUUGCGCUUGCUCAAAAAAUUGCAUCAACCGCAUUGUCGAGCAAGGGAGGAAGGUGCCGUUGGAGAUUUUUCGGACAUCUGAUGGCCGUGGUUGGGGAGUACGAUCAAGCGUAACUAUCAAGGAGGGGCAAUUCGUCGAUAAAUACGUGGGCGAGAUCAUCACGAGCGCAGAAGCGCAGCGUCGCCGGGAGGAUAGUCGUGUCGCCCAGCGCAAGGACAUCUAUCUGUUUGCACUCGACAAGUUCUCCGACCCCGACUCGAUCGAUGAGCGUCUCUCAGGACCCUGCUUGGAGGUCGACGGCGAGUUCAUGGCUGGGCCAACCCGUUUCAUCAACCACUCCUGCGAUCCCAAUCUGCGAAUCUUUGCGCGCGUGGGCGAUCACGCUGAUAAACACAUCCAUGACUUGGCUUUCUUUGCAAUCCAUGAUAUUCCGGCUGGAGAAGAACUGACCUUUGACUAUGUGGAUGGGCUGGAGGGGGAUUUGGCCGAGGAUGGCAAGGUUCAGAAGCACCAUAAGGAUAUGACUGAGUGCUUGUGCGGUGCGCCGGAGUGCAGGAAGUUUCUGUGGUAAUUGAGCGGGUUGCGGGGCGGGAUAUAUCUUGGGGGGCGUGUUUGAGCAUUUACGGCGUCAUGAUACCCGGUUUUUGUUGUGUUGGAGUACAGAUCCUCGCAUGUUUGGCAUGACUCUCGGAAUGCAUAGAGCUCAUUUCACAUAACAGUGUCCACUAUGAUAUACAUAGAUCCAGUGACGUGUAAAUACACAGUUACUCCAAAUGGAAUUCAAGAGAUA